UCCUUGCAGAGCAAAGUUUUCAGCGGCAAACGUUUGGUGCAGUACACGUCAUCGUGGGAUCAGAAAAAGCGACUCAAUUCAGCAUUUUUGAUUGGAGCUUAUGCUAUAAUUUAUCACGGAAAGUCAGCCGAAGAAGUUUACAAAGCUUUGACUCCUCCGGGAAACCCGACAUACAUCACUUACCGAGAUGCGUCGAUGGGUCCGGAUAUGUUCCCACUGAAAUUGGAAGAUUGUUUGUCAGCGAUUGAGAAAGCCAAAGAUUUGGGGUUCUUCAAGUUCGAGUCGUUUGAUGUCGAGGAGUACGAAUUUUUCGAGAAAGUCGAGAAUGGGGACUUUAACUGGAUUUUGCCCGGGAAGUUCCUUGCGUUCUGUGGUCCUCAUAGCGAAAGCAAGCUCGAACUUGAUUACCCUGUGCAUGCCCCGGAAGCGUAUUUCCGGUAUUUCAAGCAACGAGGAGUCACGACCAUUGUCAGGCUGAACAAGCGGUUGUAUGACGCUGGACGGUUUCGGGCUGCGGGCUUCCAGCACUUUGAAGAGAAGAAGUUGCUACCGAGGCAAGGCAGACUCCGAACAGGAGUUCUUAUCGGCUGCUAUAUCAUGAAACAUUACAAGUUGACGGCUGCGGAAACAAUUGCGUGGUUACGAGUUUGUCGACCUGGAUCUGUGAUCGGAUUCCAACAAACCUGGUUGGAUCAAAAACAAGCAUUUCUCUGGCUGCAAGGCGAUCUGCACCGAACCAAAACCGCUGCCAAGAGCGUGGUGGGUGACGGACCCCCUAGCAACUGCUUGGACCCGCCACCCAGGUUCAUCCAGGGCGUGUACCACAUUGUGGACGGGAACAGGAACGAGUUGUGUUUCCCGUCCACCCCGAGGGAAGUGGCGAAGAUCAUGUCCCAGGGAUUGGCUGGUCUUGGAAGAACAGGAGUUCUUAUCGGCUGCUAUAUCAUGAAACAUUACAAGUUGACGGCUGCGGAAACAAUUGCGUGGUUACGAGUUUGUCGACCUGGAUCUGUGAUCGGAUUCCAACAAACCUGGUUGGAUCAAAAACAAGCAUUUCUCUGGCUGCAAGGCGAUCUGCACCGAACCAAAACCGCUGCCAAGAGCGUGGUGGGUGACGGACCCCCUAGCAACUGCUUGGACCCGCCACCCAGGUUCAUCCAGGGCGUGUACCACAUUGUGGACGGGAACAGGAACGAGUUGUGUUUCCCGUCCACCCCGAGGGAAGUGGCGAAGAUCAUGUCCCAGGUCAACACUCUCAAGAUUGAGGACAGUGGUGACCACAAAGCAGGGAAAAAGUCGAAGUCCAUCAAAGAUGCCGAUUUUUCGGAGCAGCCGGAUGAAAUUACUCAAGGUGAUGAAUUGAACCGCCUGAAGGCUCAACGGCGGGGAACUCAGCUUUCUUUGUCAAGUUCUGCACUUGCAAGUCGGAGGUCGGUGGAACACGGCGCUUCCAGGUCAACGCACAGCAAGCCCCAUAACGUGACGACGGUCAGCGUGAACGGCGUGACAGUGAGCAACAACAACAACACCAACACCAGCAACAAUCCCCGUCAUCCUCGCAACAACGAACCCAAGUCCGACAGCGCCAACAACAACGCUGCCAGCCACAUGCAAAUGUCGUCGUCGACGACGACGACGAGCAAGGUACCCGGCCCGUGCUCGUGCUGUCACUUCUGGACCUCGUCACGCUCCGUUUGCUCGCACAAAUGCGUAUGCUCAUGCUGCUGCACGACACUGACGACGACGACGUCUGGUGGCGGUGGUGGUCAAGUGCUGUUGUCGCCCGGGUCGUCGAGCGUGUUGGGGAGUAAAGUGAAACGCGGUGUCAAGGACGCUGUGCAAGCGAAAAAUGAGUCCUUCCUCGAGUUCAUCGUCGACGGGGCAAAUCAGGAGCAGCAGCAGGGGCAGAACCCGAGUGCUGAGAUGACUAACGGCGUCCGGCGCUUCCGCGUUGACGAGGCGACGAUCGGACGACAGCGACGCCAAACAGCGCCCGUCAGCCCAGGAAAAGCGCCGCCGCCUGCUGCCCGACUGAUGAAGCUCUUCCUCGUCUUCAGCGGCGUUAAAGGGAGCAAGACUGAGAUUUUGGACGGAGAAGACGUUGGGGCCGCAGCGACACCUGUGUCUUCCCGGGUGCUAUCUCGAGAAUUUUUUCAAGCUAUCGGCCUUCAACUGCCGCUACUGGUGAUGGCAGAAAGCGGCGAGCCGUUGCAGACCGACUAUUUUAAUAUCGGCAGCAGAGUAUGGUGUCGAACGUGCCAUGACGAUGAUGUUAAUGGUGAAGUUCUUGCCUUUGAUCCACAAGCAAAAAUGCUUGUGUUGAAAUGUCCAAGUUCACAGGACAAACCUAACGUAUGCAAUGUUAAUGUCGUGAACCUGAGCCUCGUUCGGGAGCUGGUUGUGGAACAUGAGUGCACCGCAAAUCCUCCUCCUCUCACACCUUUGAAUACUACUCGUUUGACGAAACGUUUAAAGGACAACAUUGAUGAGAAGCAUCGGCAAGUGGCAGCACAAGCGCAAGGGGUAUCCCCAGUUGGACAGAGUUUGUACCUGGCCAUUACAAAGACAAUUGGAGAGGUAUCCUGGCAAGGAACGGACAUGAUGGUGCUUGGUAAAGUUGUCGUAUCCGCGCCGUACACAGUGAAUGACGUGAAAGGAAAGCCAGAGUGUCCAGCAUUAGAUGGAGAUGAAGAAGCGAUGAUAGAAGGGGAUGAAGAUCAAUCCAUGGCUGUGGUUUUACAUGAAGACAAAAAAUACUAUCCGACAGCAGAAGAGGUUUACGGCCCCGAAGUGGAAACCGUGGUUCAAGAAGAAGACUUGCAGCCGCUCACCGAGCCGAUCAUCAAACCCGUAAAGCGGAUGAAGUUCUCACUCGUUGAACAAACCUUACCAAAGACGACGUACGACUUGGAAUUCAUGGCCGACGUGAUGGACACGCCGGAAUUGAUUAGAAACGUGGCUUUUAUCGGGCAUUUGCAUCACGGGAAAACUUCCUUCCUGGAUUGCUUGGUUGAGCAGACGCAUCCGGAUCACGUUGCGGAUGGCAUAAAACCUUUCCGGUACACGGACACGUUGUUUACGGAACAAGAAAGAGGGGUGUCUAUCAAAGCAUCACCGGUGACGUUGUUGCUGCAGGAUCUCAAAGGGAAGAGCUUUCUUUGUAACAUCAUCGACACACCGGGACAUGUCAAUUUUUCGGACGAGGUGACUGCAGGUAUGCGGUUAUGCGAUGGCGUCGUCCUUUUUGUUGAUGCCGCAGAAGGCAUAAUGUUGAACACGGAACGCGUUCUGAAGCACGCCGUACAAGAGAAACUUCAAGUCCUGCUCUGCAUAAAUAAAAUCGACAGAUUAAUGCUGGAGCUGAAAUUGCCUCCGCAAGACGCUUUCUACAAACUGCGCCACAUCAUUGACGAAGUGAACGCUUUGCUCGUCACCUUUUCGGACUCCGCUCAGGUCGUGUCGCCGUUGCUGGGAAACGUGUGCUUUGCGAGUUCGCAAUAUUCUAUUUGCUUCACGUUGAAAUCCUUCGCGUCCAUGUAUGCGGACUCGUUCCCGGAGAUGAAUGCCACGGAGUUUGCGAAGCGGCUUUGGGGCGACGUUUAUUUCCAUCCGAAGACCCGACGAUUCACGAAGAAGCCGCCGCAUGGGAACUCGCAGCGGUCUUUUGUGGAGUUCGUUUUGGAACCUGUUUACAAGAUUUUUGCUCAGGUUGUCGGCGACGUUGACACGUCUUUACCUCAAGUGUCGGGUGAACUGGGGAUCUCGUUGUCCCGAGACGAGUCCAAGCAAAACAUUCGCACUCUGCUUCGAGAUGUCUUCUACAAGUUCCUGGGCGACUUCAACGGGUUCGUGGACAUGCUGGAGACCCACGUCCCGUCGCCGCGUGCCAACGCGGAGCGGAAAGUGCAGCACGUUUACACCGGCCCGUCGGACGGAGAUCGGUUUUCCGCAAUGACUGCGUGUUCCUCCGACGGCCCACUAAUGGUGCACACGAGCAAGCAGUACCCCAACGACGACGCCACUUGUUUCCACGUCUUUGGGCGCGUGUUUUCCGGGACGUUGCACGCUGGCCAGCGGGCCCGCGUGUUGGGCGAGAAUUACUCAUUGUUGGAUGAGGAGGACUCGAGGGAUGUGGCCAUUGGCCGCUUGUGGAUUUAUGAGGCCAGAUACCGCGUUGAGGUGAACAGGGUUCCGGCAGGAAAUUGGGUCCUCAUCGAAGGCGUGGAUCACGCAGUGGUGAAAACAUCCACCAUAACGGACGCGACGACGGAAGAAGAUUGUUACAUUUUCCGUCCCUUGAAAUUCUGCACACAAGCCGUCAUCAAGAUUGCCGUAGAGCCUGUAAAUCCGAGCGAGUUGCCGAAAAUGCUGGACGGUUUGCGGAAGGUGAACAAGAGUUAUCCGUUGCUUCAGACCCGCGUGGAAGAAAGUGGGGAACACGUCGUUUUGGGUACCGGAGAGUUGUACUUGGACUGCGUCAUGCAUGACUUGCGGAAGGUCUUUUCGGAAAUUGACAUCAAGGUCGCCGAUCCGGUGGUGAGUUUCUGCGAGACAGUCGUCGAAACGUCGACGCUCAAAUGUUUUGCGGAAACCCCGAACAAGAAGAACAAAAUGACGAUGAUUGCGGAACCAUUGGAGAAAGGUUUAGCAGAGGACAUUGAGAACGAAGUCGUGAACAUCGGAUGGAACAAGAAACGGAUCGGAGAGUUUUUCCAGAGCAAGUACAGUUGGGACGUCUUGGCCGCGAGGUCCAUCUGGGCCUUCGGGCCCGACUCCACUGGGCCAAACGUCUUGGUCGACGAUACUUUACCAGCUGAGGUGGACAAAGGUGCAUUGUUAUCCAUCAAGGACUCCAUAGUACAAGGGUUCCAGUGGGGUACUAGGGAAGGGCCACUGUGCGAAGAACCAAUUCGAAAUGUCAAGUUCAAAAUUUUGCACGCAGUCGUUGCUCCGGAACCGAUUCAUCGUGGUGGUGGACAGGUGAUUCCGACGGCAAGACGAGUGGCGUACUCCGCUUUCCUCAUGGCGACACCACGACUAAUGGAGCCCUACUACUUCGUCGAGAUUCAGGCGCCGGCGGAUUGCGUGUCUGCGGUGUAUACUGUGCUUGCUCGCCGACGAGGUCACGUGACCCAGGACGCCCCGAUCCCGGGUUCCCCGUUGUACGCCAUCAAAGCCUUUUUGCCCGCCAUCGACUCGUUUGGCUUUGAGACUGACUUGCGAACACACACUCAGGGACAGGCCUUUGCUUUGUCUGUGUUCCAUCACUGGCAGAUUGUGCCAGGAGAUCCGUUGGACAAGAGCAUAGUAAUUCGGCCAUUGGAGCCCCAGCCGACCCCACACCUGGCCCGAGAGUUCAUGGUGAAAACGCGGAGACGGAAGGGGCUGAGUGAAGACGUCUCCAUCAGCAAGUUCUUCGACGAUCCCAUGUUGUUGGAACUGGCUCGACAAGAUGUCGCUCUCAACUACCCCAUGUAGAUUGGUUCCUCGUGUCGGGUGACUUGUUUUAUAAUCCGCAUUGUGCGUCGUCGCCGCAAGCGGGUGGAAAUUUUGGUUUUUUUGUAAUUUGGAAAAAUGCGAAAAAUUUUCCGUGUUGGAAGGCUUGACGAGCCUCGUGAACUCA